AGCUCUACUCUUUGUUCUCUCAGUCAGGCACCCUGCUACUCUGCUCACUGCGCGCUUCCCAGAUUGCCGUAUUACUCUCACCACCGUCACUCGUUAGGUACUCACUGCCGAUUCGCGGCCCCCAGCAACAAUCAUGUUGUUGACUCCCCUGGCUCUCCUUACCGCCCUCACCACCCUCGUCUCCGCCGACAUCCAAUUCACUUCACCCAAAGCCGGGAGCACGAUCGCUGGCGGCACCGCCGUGACGAUAGAAUGGAAGGACUCGGGCGAUGGCAUCGCAAUCGCGGAUCUCACAGCCUACGACCUCUUCCUCUGUGCGGGUGGAAACGAUGCUAGCACCAUCAUUCAAUUGCCUGUACAGCUUUCGGCCGCCGGCAGCACUUUCGUAGUCACUGGUAACAAGGCUUCUGGUCCGAUUGGACUCACUGUGGGAGCUUCCACGCCUAAGAAUGCAUACUUCUUCAAGAUGAUCUCGACGGCCACGAAAGGCGGAACCAUCACCAACUACUCCCCCCGAUUCUCGCUGUCUGGCAUGACCGGCACCUUCCCACAAGCCGUUCUCGAUGGCAUGAAGAACGUCGAAGGCACCGACGGACCACCCUCACAAGACAACACGAACGCGGGCGCGGUGAACCCCGCUGAUGGCGACUACGGCGUCGAGUACACGAUGCAGACUGGUGCUACUCGGUAUGCGCCCAUGCAGCCUGUGCCACCGACGAAGAUCACGAAGAAGCAGGCUACGCAGAGGUUUCCUACCUCGAGUGUCGUACUUGCGACUACGUUCUUGCCCAUUCCGAAGGCGCAGACUACGAUUACGAAGCCUCAGACCUUUUCUGUCUCUAGCAGAGAAAACACCGCUGCCCCAGCUCCCAUGCCUACAGAUGACAUGGCUAAGUUCCUGGCGAGGUGGAAGGACUAGACACUUCGCAUUGGGUGGAAACCUUUUUCCAAACCCACUUUGUUUCCCUUAUACGGCUCUCUGGGCGUUCAAGCUGGUGCGGGCGUUUUUUUUUGUUAUCUUUUUAUUGUCAAGGCCUCUUUCCUGGCGAUGGGUACGAUGUGUCUCACAAACGAAUUAUGGAGCAGAAAUCUAGAUAUUGCUUUUGGGGAGGCCUGGGGUCUUUCUCUGUGUGUCGAUCACAACGCGCUUAACGUUCACAGAACACGAGCGCAAUUAUCAGAUGCAGCCAUACACCUAUCUACACGAAUAAACAACGAGCUAUUAUCGAGAGAGCACAAAAAAACAAGUAAAUAAUAAUCAAAACAUCUUUCCGUAGUAGCAGUCGAACCAC